AUGACCCUGGUCUCUCUGGUCUCUGGUCUGACUCUAGUCUAUCUGGUCUCUGGUCUGACCCUGGUCUCUCUGGUCUCUGGUCUGACUCUAGUCUAUCUGGUCUCUGGUCUGACCCUGGUCUCUCUGGUCUCUGGUCUGACUCUAGUCUAUCUGCUCCUUGGUCUCAGUCUGGCAUCAUUCGGUCUUCUGGAGAUUUUUUACUUCCUUGUGAAGAAAAACCAGGAGAUCCAGAAGCACCUGUUGAUCCUGAUAGGGCCACUGUCUCGCAGCCUCACUCUGGUUCUUGCUGUUGUUAUAAUCCAGGUUGAUAGGAUGAAGGGCUGUCGUUCCUCAAUCCUCCUCUUCCUCUUCUGGACUCUUCUGGUUCUUUGCUCCCUCGUUCCUCUGAAGGUCAACAUUGAGCAGAUUAUUGAUCAGGGUUUUUCAUCAGAUGGCAUUCGUUUCGUCGUCUUCUUCAUCUGUUUUUCCCUCCAGCUCAUCCAGCUAAUCCUCAGCUGCUUCUCUGACCACCGACCACUCUCUGAAAAAAACGCCUACAUCCAGAACCAGUGUCCAGAAGCCGACGCCUCAUUUCUCUCUAAGUUUUUCUUCUUCUGGUUUAGCAGUUUGGUGGUUCGAGGUCACCGGCGCCCCCUGCAGGCUGCAGAUCUGUGGCCUCUAAGGGACCAGGACUCGUCAAUCUGGAUCAUGAAGGACUUGGAGAAGUUCUGGACGCAGAACUGCAAAGAGCUGCGGGAUGAGCCUGCAGGUUCUGGACUGGCCUGGGGCCGGUCCUGGUCCAGUGGUUCUAACAUGCCAACAGAAAAAACACAGCUGCUGAGUAAGAACAGAAAGGGGAGGGGGUGUAGGCUCUUCCUCCUGUGCGCUCUGGGGCAGAGCUUCAGGUUUUACUUCCUGCGUGGGACUCUGUGUCUCCUCCUGCAUGACGCCUUCAUGUUCGCUGUGCCGCAGGUGCUCAGCUUGCUGCUGGAAUUCAUGCGGGACAAGAGUGCUGAGAUGUGGAAAGGUUUCCUGUUCGCCACCUUUCUCUUCCUGCUGUCCUGUCUGCAGUCGCUCUUCCAUCAUCACUAUAUGUUUCACUGCUUCACUGUGGGGAUGAGACUGAAGACCGCUGUCAUGGGCCUUGUCUACAGGAAGUGUCUGCUGCUCAGCAGUGCAGCUCGGCGGCAGUGUACUCUGGGAGAAAUCAUUAAUCUGGUUUCAGCCGACACUCAGAAGCUGAUGGACUUUGUGGUUUAUUUGAACUGUCUGUGGGUCACGCCCAUCGAGAUCACACUGUGUUUCUACUUUCUGUGGCAGCUCCUCGGUCCGGCCGCUCUUGCUGGUAUCAUCGCCGUGAUCCUGAUUUUCCCUCUGAACGGAUUCAUUGCUAAAGUGAGAAGCAAACUUCAGGAGGUUCAGAUGAAGUUCAUGGACAGUCGGAUCAAACUGAUGAAUGAGAUCCUGAACGGCAUGAAGAUCCUGAAGUUUUAUGCCUGGGAGGAAGCUUUCCUGCGUCGCGUUGGCGUCCUGAGAGACGGAGAACUCGAUGCCCUGAAGAGAUCUCAGGUCCUCCACUCUGUCUCUCUAGCUUCCUUCAACUCCUCGUCUUUCCUGAUUGCCCUCUCAGUUUUUGGAGUUUAUGUGUUGAUGGAUGAGCGAAAUGUUCUGGAUGCUCAGAAAAUAUUUGUUUCUGUUGCUCUCAUCAACAUCCUGAAAACUCCUCUGAGUCAGCUUCCCUUCGCCAUGAGCACCACCAUGCAGGCUGUUGUGUCACUCAGACGUCUGGGAAACUUCCUGUACCAAGAGGAAUUGAAGCCGAACAACGUGGAGAGACUGCCUCACAGCACAGAUGGAGACAGUGUGGUGAUCGAGGGCGGGUCCUUCUCCUGGACUAACGACGGGCUGCCGUGUCUGCAGAGGAUUAACAUGAAGGUGAAGACAGGCUUCCUGGUGGCUGUGGUUGGCCAUGUUGGCUCAGGAAAGUCAUCUCUUCUGUCAGCCAUGUUGGGAGAGAUGGAAAAGAGAAGUGGCUUCAUCUCCAUCAAGGGUUCAGUGGCCUACAUCCCCCAGCAGGCCUGGAUCCAGAACGCCUCCCUGAAAGAUAACAUUUUGUUUGGUGGAGAGAGGAAGGAGAGCUGGUACCACCGUGUGCUGGAGGCCUGUGCUCUGCUGCCAGACCUGGACAUCUUGCCUGCUGGAGACAGCACUGAGAUUGGGGAGAAGGGUCUGAACCUGUCUGGGGGUCAGAAACAGAGGGUGAGUCUGGCUCGGGCAGUCUAUAGGAGGUCAGAUGUUUACCUUCUGGAUGACCCGUUGUCAGCUGUUGAUGCGCACGUUGGACAACACAUCUUUGAUCGAGUCAUUGGACCCAGAGGACUCCUUAAAGACAAGACCCGGGUGCUGGUAACUCAUGGGCUCAGCUUCCUGUCCAAAGCAGACCUGAUCCUGGUGAUGGAAGAGGGUCACGUCUCUGAGAUGGGCUCCUACAUGGAGCUGAUGGAGAGGAGGGGAGCUUUUGCUAAACUCAUCCAAACCUUCAGUGGAAACCAACGCAGAGGCAGCUCCACCCCCAGAGACAAGAUCAGCAGGAAGUCGGUGUCUCGUCUCAGUAUGACUGAUUACUCCAUUGAUCUUUCACAGGAGCAGCUGAUCAGCUGUGAUAUGGGCAGUGCCAGUGUUCAGGUGAUGGAAGCAGCUGAUCAGGACUUGGAUGCAGAGGAUGUUGGAAAACUCACAGAGGCUGACAAAGCUCACAUAGGGAGGGUGAAGCUGCAGAUGUAUCGAGAGUACUUCAGGACCGUUGGCCUUACCUUCAUCAUGACCAUCAUCUUCCUCUGUGCAUUCCAGCAGGCUGCCUCAUUGGCCUACAACUACUGGCUGAGCCUGUGGGCCGACGAGCCAACCGUCAAUGGCACACAGAGCGACCAUGGGCUGAAACUGAGUGUGUUUGCAGCUCUCGGUUUCACUCAGGGGAUGGCCAUGUUUGGGACGACACUUGCCAUAGCUCUGGGUGGCAUUGUAGCAUCACGUCACCUUCAUGCUGAUCUUCUCAACAGUGUCCUUCGCUCACCCAUGUCCUUCUUUGAGGUCACGCCCAGCGGAAACCUCCUAAACCGAUUCUCCAAAGAGAUCGAUGCGAUCGACUGCAUGAUUCCUGACGGGCUGAAGAUGAUGCUGGGCUACCUGUUUAAACUGCUGGAAAUCUUCAUCAUUUUGUUGUUGGCCACACCCUUCACAGGGCUGGUGCUCCUCCCCCUCACCUGUGUUUACAUCUUAAUACAGAGUUUCUACGUGUCGUCGUCGUGUCAGCUGCGACGUCUGGAGGCCGUCAGCCGCUCCCCGAUCUACAGUCAUUUCAACGAGACGGUACAGGGUGCCAGCGUCAUCCGAGCUUUUGGCGAACAGCAACGCUUCAUUCUGCACGCCAACCAUCGCAUCGACGGCAACCAGGAAGCUUAUUUCCCUCGUUUUGUUGCCACCAGAUGGCUGGCAGUGAAUCUGGAGUUUCUGGGGAAUGUAUUAGUUUUGGCUGCAGCCAUCCUGUCGGUGCGAGGUCGGGAUGAACUGAGCCCGGGCAUUGUGGGAUUGGCAGUGACACAUUCUCUCCAGGUGACGGGAAUCCUGAGUUGGAUUGUUCGAUCCUGGACUGAUGUGGAGAACAACAUUGUGUCCGUGGAGAGAGUCAAAGAGUACGACAGCACACCCAAAGAGGCAGCGUGGACCCUCGAGGGCAGUUUGCUCCCAGCAGAAUGGCCUACCACAGGAAACAUCCAGUUUGAAGAUUUUGGACUGCAGUAUCGUAAAGGUUUGGACUGGGCUUUAAAUGACAUCAAAAUCAGCAUCCAGGACAGAGAAAAGGUGGGGAUCGUUGGACGGACAGGAGCUGGGAAGUCUUCUCUGGCUUUGGGAAUCUUCAGGAUUUUGGAGGCAGCAAAAGGAAGAAUAAUUAUUGAUGGCAUCAACAUUGCUGAUGUCGGCCUGCAUGAUCUCCGCUCCAGGAUCACCAUCAUUCCUCAAGACCCAGUGUUGUUUUCUGGUUCUCUGAGGAUGAACCUGGACCCCUUUGAUACCAGUUCAGAUGAGGAUCUGUGGAAAGCUCUGGAACUGGCUCACCUCAGCAGCUUUGUGUCUGCACUGCCACAAAAACUCAACCAUCACUGCUGUGAAGGAGGCGACAACCUCAGUCUUGGCCAGAGGCAGUUGCUGUGUUUGGCUCGAGCUCUCCUGAGGAAAACCAGGAUCCUACUUUUGGAUGAAGCCACAGCAGCUGUAGACCUGAAGACCGACCAGCUGAUUCAGUCCACCAUUCGUGCUCAGUUUGAUGGCUGUACAAUCCUAACCAUCGCUCACCGCCUCAACACCAUCAUGGACUAUACCAGGGUUGUAGUAAUGGACCAUGGCUCCAUCGCAGAGACAGACUCUCCUUCUCAGCUCCUCUGCGUGCAAGGUCAUUUCUAUCAAAUGUGUGUCGAGGCAGGUUUGGCCUAACAUAUGUCAUUAGAAAUAAAAAAUGUGAUGAUUGACGUA